CCUCCCACCACGUGUCACCGUGACCCUGUUGCUCGCUGUGUGUCGGCCAUGGCUCCCAGCGCUCAGUCCGGUGGCCGCGGGCAGUCGCCGGGUUCUGGGCUCCGCCGGGGGAUCCGCGCGGUGCUACUGGGCCCGCCCGGCGCCGGGAAGGGCACCCAGGCUCCCAAGCUGGCUGAGACCUACUGCGUGUGCCAUCUGGCCACGGGGGACAUGCUGCGGGCCAUGGUGGCAUCGGGCUCCGAGCUGGGCAAGAGGCUCAAAGAGACGAUGGAUUCGGGGAAGCUGGUGAGCGAUGAGAUGGUGGUGGAGCUGAUUGAGAACAACCUCGACAGCCCUCCCUGCAAGAAUGGCUUCCUGCUGGACGGCUUCCCACGCACGGUGAAGCAGGCUGAGAUGCUGGAUGAGCUCCUGGAGAAGAGGAGUGAGAAACUGGACUCCGUCAUUGAGUUCAGCAUCCCCGACUCCCUGCUCAUACGGAGGAUCACAGGACGGCUGAUUCACCCAGCAAGUGGCCGCUCUUAUCACGAGGAGUUCAGACCCCCGAAAGAGCACAUGAAGGACGAUGUCACUGGAGAGCCCCUGAUCCGCCGUUCGGAUGAUAAUGAAACUGCCUUGAAAACCCGCCUGAAGGCCUACCACACACAGACCUCCCCCCUGGUCUCCUACUACAGCAAGCGAGGGAUCCAUACUGCGGUGGAUGCCUCCCAGUCUCCCGAUGUGGUGUUUGCUAGCAUCCUGGCAGCCUUCUCGAGAGCAACAUGUAAAGACCUGGUUAUGUUCAUUUAGGGCUCCGUCCCUGGAUGGAGCUCGCCCUUGUCUGUCUCUCUCCAUCUCUGUCUCUCUGUCUCUCUCUGUCUCUUUGGGGCCUGGGAGAGUGAAGAGCUAAGUAGAGUAGAAGAGGAGGGGAUGAUGCAGCCCGAGACAGGACUUUGCUAAUUCUCUAUUAAACAAGCUGUUAACGGUUUCCAUCUCUGUAUGUGAACGUCAGUCUGUGCACAUGAGGGCGAUCCGGCCCCUAGAGGUCGCAGUGUGACUGAGCACCAGCUGUCACAACUGAGCUCUGCACCCUUUGGGUCCAAGGGCUUUGGUUUCAUUCUAGAGCUGUAGCUCCCCAGAAGCAGCUGUACUUCCAGCUAUUCCUGGCUGCUCCCCAGAGGAUGAGCAGCAGUGGGAGGCAGAGCUUGGCUGUGUGUGCAGCCUGCUGCUGCUCAGGGCUGGGUGAGGACUUGUUUCCAUUGAAUGCAUGUUACCCUGUGGGACAGCAGGUUCCCCAGGAGCACAGUUUUCUCUCUGUUCUGAUGCUGCUUGUGGGGCAAAAAUAGGGUGAGUGACAAUGGGGGUUUUCAGUUUCUUGUUUGUGGACUCAAAGCUUGUCCCAGUUCAGGUGUGGACUCCAAUAUAGCAAAUAUUGGUGAGAGGCUUCUUUUUCAAGGAAAAAAACCACCCCAAACAACGUGAAGUCUGUGUUCAGAAUGCAGCCUCUGCAGCCAUUUGUUCUGUGGAGAACAAGAAAAGGACUUGGAUGUCAGCUCUAUUCCUGCACCCUUCCCUUGGCUUUGGCUGAGGAGAUGAAGGUGUGUUGAGCUUCCCCUGAUCCCAAUGUCUAAAUAAAGCCUUAUUGCAAAACAUGAUUUUUCAAGGCCCAGGGGACGGAGUUAUUAAGCACUGGCCUCACGUGCAGUUAUUAAGCACUGGCCUGAAGGCAGCCAGUGGCCCUUUUUGUGAGCUCAUGGAAAUUUACUUGUUUCUUGAGCAAGUCCUGGCGGCCCAUUUGUGCUUUGUGCUUGGACAUCUCAGAGCUGUUACACCACCGUAUACAACCUUGCGAGGCUGGUGACAACCUUUGCCCCAUGGGCUUCCAGCCCUGCCUAGAAGAUCUCACUGAAAACACAGAUUGGCCCAGAUAGAACUUCGUCCUUUGGCCUUACAUGUAUAUUUACUGAUUUACUGUUCCCAAGUCCUCUCUUUUGAGGAACAAGGCUCAUCUCAGCGCACUGAGUUGUGGGGGCUGCGUCCAGCACUGGUGCUCAGUCCUCUGAAAGCCCUUACAGU